AUGUCUGGCCGGAGCGCCUAUGUCCGGAAGAAGACGGAUCAAACCACCGGGCAGAGGACAGGAGGUCUCCGUGCGCGCGCCGGUUCCAACACCAGCUCCGACAAUUCUACAAUCAGCAAGGUCCCCAUCGGCCCUGUAUCUCAUCAUGACCGGCGGAGAGAGAGGAACAUCAUGGAGGAUGAGGUGGUGACGUACAACCAUGGGAUUUCACUGUUGAGCUUGGAUGCCGCGAGGGAACGCCUCAAUACACCGCACCGACACCAACCGCCCAACGACCUCGCAGAUGCCCGUCCCAUGAGGCCGACGGUGAAGACGGAUGACAUAUGCGGCAUUGAGAAAUCCGGGUUGAGGAGCGUGUUGGACAAGAAAAGUGACGAGGUACGAAAGGGCCUGGCCAAGGCUUUCAUGUUCAAGAAGGACAAGAGGAGGAACGAUGCUGAGACGCCGAUGGACGCAAGACCGGAAUCGCAGGCGACAGUACGGCCAGGCCAACACACUGGCCAAGAACAUGCCGACAGACACAGGGCCGCUGUCCACUUUGCGCAGUAUCCGAGCGUUUCGCAGGACCUAGUUGGAACUGUGCCGUCACCUUCGCCCAUCUCGCCCAUGGCACCCGAAUCUAUCGUGCCACCUAUCAAGCGCUGGAUGGGCGGGGGGAAGCCCGUGCAACGGUGGAACAAGCUCAGGAAGGACCCCGAACUCUGGGACCCCAACGGCGAUGUGCUCGUCUUCUUCGGGCACCAGGAGGACUCAUCCCAGCUCGAUCCGUCGUUGCGAUUGUCAUCGCACCUCAUCGAGGCCACCGAAUCCCGCUAUCUCAUCACCCUUCUGCGGGAGGGCUCCACCGAAGAAGCCGCUCACACGCUGCUCUCUCCUGUUAGUCCUUCGCCGAUGCUACAACGACAUGGCUCGAACGCACAGCAACAACUCUCACCUCGAAAUUUUGGCCAUCGAGGGCGAACAACGCCGUCCGACUCGGACCGCAGCGGCUCGUGCGAGAUGGACGGGCAGAUCUCGUACAAGCUGUACUUUCCAGCACCUUCCAACAUGACAACCAUCGAGACGCUUCGAUACCACAUCACUACCCGCAAUGUAUUUGCCACACUCCAACACGCGUCUCUGGUUGGCUUUUAUCUGUGCCAGGCCCUAAACGACCUGAACGCCCGCCUGGACGCCUACUUGUCUCCCGAAAUCGAUACCGUUGGCGCCAUCAUCGCCCACAUCUCAGCACGUGGCAUUGACGAUGUGCGCAAUGAUGCCGAGACAGCAGUGAGUCUCCUGGCUUGGACCGAAGGGAGGGAAGUUCGGUGGGAGGAGGGUUGGCGUGAGAUGUUCCUGCACUGCGCCGGCAUGUACCCGCAGCUGGAAUCAUGCGAUGACUUCAAACACGUAACGCCAAUCACGCGGGCCCUCCUGGAGCGCGCAAGCUUGGAGAUGCAACUACGUGUGCAGUCUGCUGAGGAGCGGCUGGCGAGCUUCCAAUACAGCGACAUUUGGCCGGCCGCGGUGGCCAUUACUGCCAGCACGAGCGGUCCGGUGGUUACAGCUCCGGCGAAGGCGGCGGCGGAUCGCCUGCGGCAGUUCUUUCUGCAGCAUUAUGCACGAGAGUUUGGAGAGUGGCCACCACCUCCGGCGCAGGAAUCGCCCAUACUAUCUGGGAAUUAUGAGGAAAGCAUCUGGUUGACGAGGACAGUGGCGCAAAUGCUGCAGAGGGACUUCGCGGCUUUGUACGACUAUCUUGUCAACCGGGACAUCAUCUGGGAUGAGUCUGAAGCCCGGCCGAGCCGCAAGUGGAUGAUGGUGAGCGAGAGCGGAAACCGCGGCUUCGAAGCGGACACGCCGGACCUACCGAUGACGGACAUGCUCAUCGAGUUCGAUAAUAAGCACCGGUUCCCGCACAUCCCCCAUCCGUAUCCGCUCGUGCCGGAGUCGGUCCCGUCUCUGUCCGGUGCUGGCGCGGAGACUUCGGGAAGCGGGAUAUUUGGCGGCAAACUCAGCAAAAAGAAUGGCAACCCCGCUGGUCCGAACGGGCCGGGGCGUGGAGGGUCGGCUGAGCGGCGCAUCCAGCUGGCAUACACCGAAGCCACCAACAUUUGCCUCCUCGGCUCGGAUUUCACCCACUCCAACCUCGUGGACGCAUUCACCAAGUUUGAGAAGACGGACCGGAUCGGCGAAGUCGACCCUUCCACGGCGCGCCGGGGCCGCUGGGUGCUCAUCUACGGCAUUCUCCAGACCCUUGCCAGCGUCUCGGUGGAUGCACCCGCGGUACGCUACGAAGACGGCGUGCCAUAUCACCUCUCGCCGCGGCUGAAGGGCGUCAAGAUCCCGCCCUGGAAGACCAGUGGCCAACCACGUCCAAGCCACCAACACCACGAGGCGACCCAUGAGCUAUCCCACUGCUGGACCGUCCCCGCGACGUGGCACUCGGGC